AUGUCUUCUGAAAUGGAAGUCGACCCUCCAAUUGCGCAAAACGAUGCGCCUGAAGAGAAGAGCACCGGUGCCGAACCUCUUACUCAGUCCGGCGCUGUUGCUGUGCGCAGUAUCGAGGGGUGGAUUGUGAUAGUUACCAACGUCCACGAGGAAGCUGCAGAGGAGGACAUCAUCGAUCUCUUCGCUGAUUACGGCGAUAUCAAGAACUUCAACCUGAACCUGGACCGGCGCACUGGUUAUGUCAAGGGAUACGCAUUGAUCGAAUACUCAACCCUCCCCGAGGCCUCAGAGGCUAUCAAGAACCUGAACGGCACCAAGCUCCUCGACCAGACCAUCCACGUUGACUUCGCUUUCGUCCGGCCGCCUCCAUCCGCCAAAGGCAAGGGGUCAAAGGGUGGCCGCGGAGGUGGCCGAACGCGUAGCCGCAGCCCCAACCGCAGUCGCAGCCCGCAAGCUGAUCGAGACUGA